AUGGAGAAACAUGAAGAUAUUCAAUACUGUUUUCAAGACAGAAACUCUUCUUGCAGAAAGGCUUUGCUAUCGACAUCUAUCUACAUAACACUGUACAUCUUCUUCUCAUUGAUUUCAGCAGUUACAGUAUUUUUGAACCUACUGGUGAUCAUCUCCAUCUCUCACUUCAAGCAGCUCCACACUCCAACCAACCUGCUCAUCCUCUCUCUGGCUGUGUCAGAUCUCCUGGUGGGACUGAUUGUGAUACCAGUAGUGACUGUAGCAAUUAUGGAACCAUGCUGGGGAUUUGGGGAAUAUUUCUGUGCGUUUCAAUUCUACAUCUCUUGUUUGUGUACUUCUUUAUCUCUGGGCAAUUUGGUCUUGAUAUCUAUUGACCGCUAUGUUGCUGUGUGUGAUCCCUUAUUGUACCACUCUAAAAUAACAGUAACAAGAAUGAUGUGUUGUAUAUCCAUUACCUGGUGUUAUUGUAUCAUAUACCGUGCUGCUAUUAUGAAAAUCUCUGUGAAAUUACAAGUACCAAAUAAUUGUUUGAAAGAAUGUUUUAUUGUAGAAGGGUUAAUCUGGGUUAAUAUCAUUGACCUUGUAUUUACAAUGGUUGUCCCGUGCUCUAUUAUUAUAACACUUUAUUUGAAAAUCUUUGUGGUGGCCAGAUCACAGGCCAGAAAGGUAUUUUCAAAAGAUGCUGCCAGUGUGUCUGGUGUUAAAACUGUACAGGCAAAUAAGUCUGAGAGAAAAGCAGCAAAAACUCUGUCUAUUGUUGUUUUCACCUAUCUAAGUUGUUGGAUUCCUUUUUUCUUUUUUUAUUUAGUCAAUUUAGAUUCAUCAUCACUUUUCUUUAGCUUUCUACCACUUUUUAACUCUUUUAUCAAUCCAAUAAUUUAUGCUUUCUUUUAUCCAUGGUUCAAAGUGACAGCUAAACUUAUUUUAACUCUGAACUUAAGGUGUUCGUAG